AUGGCGGCCCCGGGCUGGGCGCCCACCCACGCGCGGGUGACGGUGCUGCGGGCGCGGGGGCUGCGCUCCAAGGCGGCGGGCGGCGGCGGCAGCGACGCGUACGCGGUGAUGGCGCUGGGCCGCGACAAGUUCCGCACGUCGGUGGCCGAGCGGUGCCGGGGGGAGCCGCUGUGGCGGGAGGAGGCCACGUUCGAGCUGCCGCCGCGGCCCGCGCUCCGCCUCACCGUCCUGCACCGCGCCCUCACCGGCGCAGACAAGUUCCUGGGCCGGGCGGAGGUGGAUCUGGCGGCGCUGAGGGACGACGGCGGGCGGCGGCACACCAGGUGGUACAAGCUUCGCUCCAAACCAGGGAAGAAGGAAAAGGAGAGGGGGGAGAUCGAGGUGGACAUCCAGUUCAUGAGGAGCAGCAUGACAGCCAGCAUGUUUGACCUGUCCAUGAAGGACAAGCCUCGCUCUCCCUUUGGGAAGCUCAAAGACAAGCUCAAGGGCAAGAGGAGCAGUGGCCUCUCGGACACGGCGUCGGCGAUCGUUCCCAGCACGACCCACUCCCCUGCUGACAGCGAGGACGAGGCGGUCGAGAAGGAAAAGAAGAAAUCCAAGUUCAAAGCGCUGUUCUCCAAACCUGGGCUGCAGAAGACCCUGUCCCAGUCCAUGUCAGUGCUGCCCACGCAGCAGCCCGUCACCCAGAAGGUUCGGCUUCGGCCCAGCGACUUCCAGCCCCAGUGGGAUGAGGAGGAGUCUGAGACCUCUCCGACCUCAGAACGAGCCCUUGGAAAUGCCCUGGAAGAGAAGCCAGCUCCUUCUCCUCUGUUUAAAUCUCGUAAAACAGCCCUUUUGGACAGCAGGCAGCUAACCCAAGGAACCAGUAACCACACCAAGAAGGAAGGGCUCUCUUUGUUCAGUGGCCUGAAAUCCAAAAGUGAUCCCGUUUCCAAGUCUAGCCUGUGUAUCAACGGCAGUCACGUUUAUAUGGAAGAGACCACGACGAAGGACAACACUCCAGCCUCCUCUCCCUCUCCUCUCAACUUCAGGAGGAAGCAGCUCUUCGCUUCAGAGGAGAACCUGUCCUCCAGGUCCAGCAAACCACCUGAAGAGACGGGAAGAACCUCUCCUAGUCAGGCUUUCUCUGGGCCCACGUCCUUGGAGACCUUCAAAUCCAUGACUCUGCCGUCAUACAAACUGCUGAGCAGUGAGGAGCCCCUGGACACCAGCGUUCCCCCGAGCACCGAGGCUGUGAGGGAGCCCAGAAAACCAGACCACAAAAAGUCUGCCUUGCUCUCCCUGGUCACCGGGAAGAAAGAAGUGGGGAAGGUGGGAGAUGCUGAGAAUAUUCCCGACAGGACCCUGCAGAGUGAGGAGAACAAAAUUCCAGAAGAGAACAGUGAAGAGGAGGCCAAAUGUCUUGAACCCUCAGCAGAGCUGGGCAGAGGGGACCCAUCAGGAGACACUCAGAGCACAGAAGACACCUUUGCAAACAAGCAGCCACUCGGCCCUGGUGAGGAGGAACGGAAACCUGAAAAAGCUGCUGCCCCAGCCAAGACCAAAGCUGUGAGGCCCACAGUGAAGCCCAGACUCCAUCCUGUGAAGCCAAUGAAUGCCAUGGCAAACAAGUCUCAGAGUAAGAACCUGAAUGUCAUCAGCACCAUGAACGAAAAACUGCUGGAAAUGAGUGUGAAGAAAUACGAGCCCUCAGACCCUGCCUACGCCUAUGCCCAGCUGACACACGAUGAGCUGAUCCAGCUGGUGCUGAAGCAGAAGGACACGAUCACCAGGAAGGACGUCCAGGUGCGGGAGCUCGAGGACUACAUCGACAACCUGCUCGUCAGGGUCAUGGAAGAAACCCCCAACAUCCUCCGUGUUUCCAUGUCUGGGAACAAAAAAGCUGGGAAGAUGUGAAGGGUCUGGGCAUGCUGGAGAAGAAGGGCCGAGUUCCCGCCGGAGGAGCGUGAGGAGCCGGUGUGGAGCUGCUGGUGCCGGUCGUGCCGCCCCUGGAAAAUGACCUUUUUCCUGUUUCUGCCUUGAGCAACUCUCGGGUUGAUUAGUAGUUCCAUCAGCUCUUG